AAACAUUUUCUUUUUUUGUAAUAUACUCGUUUCAGUUCCACCAAUAAGGUGAACUCCAGAAUCAGAAAUUUCAAGCUACACACGCAGAAGACUCGCCACACUUACCAAAACAUAAUCAUUACGCAUACAGAAGAAAAAUCUAACUACUGAAUUCUGAAAAUUUUCCACUGUAACAACGACAAGAAUUUCAAUGAUGACGAGUGUGGUGAUGUUGUUGUUGUUGUUGAUGAUGGUGUUUUCGAUUUCAGCUGUUGUUGCCACCCACGGCGGCGUCUUCAGCGUUAAGUAUAAGUACGCCGGCCAGCAACGUUCCCUCUCCGACCUCAAGGCUCAUGACUACCGCCGCCAGCUCUCCCUCCUUGCCGGCGUUGACCUUCCGUUGGGCGGCUCCGGCCGCCCUGAUGCCGUCGGGCUUUAUUAUGCCAAAAUUGGGAUUGGGACUCCUUCAAAGGACUAUUAUUUGCAGGUUGAUACUGGGAGUGAUAUUAUGUGGGUUAAUUGUAUACAGUGCAAAGAAUGUCCCAGCAGAAGUAACCUUGGCAUGGACCUUACACUCUACGACAUCAACGAAUCCUCCUCUGGUAAACUAGUUCCUUGUGAUCAAGAGUUUUGCAAAGAGGUAAAUGGGGGUCUUCUGUCUGGAUGCACUGCUAACGUGUCAUGUCCAUAUCUGGAGAUAUAUGGUGAUGGCAGCUCCACUGCAGGUUACUUCGUGAAGGAUGUUCUGUUAUAUGAUCAAGUGUCUGGAGACCUUGAAACGGCUUCAGCUAAUGGAAGUGUUAUAUUUGGGUGUGGUGCUAGACAGUCUGGAGAUCUAAGCUCAUCAAAUGAAGAAGCACUUGAUGGAAUACUUGGAUUUGGAAAAGCCAAUUCUUCAUUAAUUUCACAACUUGCUUCUUCUGGCAAAGUGAAAAAGAUGUUUGCUCAUUGUUUAAAUGGAGUAAAUGGAGGUGGUAUUUUUGCUAUUGGUCAUGUUGUGCAGCCUAAAGUGAACGUGACUCGAUUAUUACCAGACCAGCCUCAUUACAGUGUCAAUAUGACGGGGGUUCAAGUUGGCCAUACUUUUCUUAGUCUAUCAACAGAUGCAUCUCAACAAGGGGACAGAAAAGGGACAAUAAUUGACAGUGGCACAACCUUGGCCUAUCUACCUGAAGCAAUUUAUGAGCCACUAGUGUCUAAGAUAAUUACUCAACAACCUGACUUAAAAGUCCAGACUCUCCAUGACGAGUAUACAUGCUUUCAGUACACUGGAAGUGUUGAUGAUGGAUUUCCACUUGUCACUUUCUAUUUUGAAAAUGGACUCUCCUUGAAGGUUUAUCCACAUGAUUAUCUAUUUGCUUCUGAUAACUUCUGGUGCAUUGGUUGGCAAAAUAGUGGGACUCAGUCCAGAGAUAACAAGAAUAUGACUUUACUGGGUGAUUUGGUGCUUUCAAAUAAACUUGUCUUUUACAACCUUGAAAGUCAAGUUAUUGGAUGGACCGAGUACAACUGUUCUUCAACCAUUAAAGUGAGGGACGAGCGAACUGGCACAGUUCAUUUAGUUGGUUCCCACUAUAUAUCUUCUGCUUGCACUUUAACUACCAAUCGGGUGAUGAUGACCUUGUUUCUAAUUGCACUUCUUCACAAGUUGAUUUAUUGAAAUGGAGCAAUUAAUAUAAAUAUAUAUAACACAAGUCCAAAAUUAUGGUUAAAGGAAUUGAAAAUAGAAAUAACAUGAAAGCUAUUAAUAGAAGAAACUUAGUCUUUAGGAACCCUCCAAUGAUUUGUAAAUGUGAUUUCAAGGAAUAUCAGGGCUCCUACCAUUGGGAACCCUUAAUUUUA